AUUGCACGAGCCGGUCCAGGCCAAUGUUCACACUUGAGAAAUCAAAGAGCCCGUCUGCAAGGCGACUAUCGAUGGACGGCCCUGAUACAACAGUGCAAUCGGCCACGGGUGGCCCAGCGUACUCUGCGUCUCUGCUCGCCAACAGGGGACGAGUUGGCGCCUCUCGUCGUCUGCCGUCCACUUCAAUCGUUUCAACUCGUCCGUCCGGCUGUUGUCGACUCUGCGCUAUCUCGGCCGUAUUCACUAACUGAAGACGAACUGGUGGAAUUCAAAUCCCACACCCCAAUGGCAUUGCCACCGCUUCCACAUACCACCUAUAAGCCGGUGAAGGCCAUCUUCAAGCCUUCACAACAACGUGGACGGGAUGUUGCUGUUUAUGUACUGCCAGACGACCCUGAAUUGUGCAUGGAAUUCAGUUUCAAGCGAUUCAACACCGCAGAAACCAUCGCCACUUACGUUUGUGUGGCUUGCCGAGCGCUGAAGGAUCGAGCACCGAGGCUUUAUGGUGUUGUGCCGAUCGAUGGCUAUUUCUUGAGCGACCCAACUCUGCCGGAGCAUCCGCAUUUCUGCGAACCACGGAAUUAUGCUCGAUCAAUGAUGCGACGAGAGAUCAUCGCAAAAUUCAACGAAAUCAGAGAAAGUAUAACCGAUGGUACACCUGAAGAAGUGGAGGAGGACCUUCUUCAGGCCAUCAACAAGCCGGAAUAUGCCCAUUUUGGUGAAGAAGAACGUCAGGAGAUGGUGAAGCAGUUGGUGAUGGGACAUAUUGGUGGACGAGAUACCCUGAGAAGUAUGAUCCGUACGAAUAAACGAGCAAAACGACGACGAGUUCAAUUCGAGUACCCCGAAGAUGCCCCACCACCAACCCCUAUGCUGAUUUUCCCGAAUGCAAAAAGGGAGCAUUCGGACGCCCGACCACCCCAUUUUCCCGUCCAUCCCUGCUAC